UAAUUGCAGGGUUUAUAAAACGUCGGAACUCUCAGACUGAACAGUCAGGAUGUCGGCGCUUCUCUAUCUGGUGUUUUCUAUUCUUCUCGAUGUAUCAAUCGCAGAGGUAUGUCAUUCUCCGGAGUGUGUACAAUCCAGUGAGUAUAUACUAAGUAAAAUGGACCUUACGGCAGACCCCUGUCAGGACUUCUAUCAAUACACGUGCGGAAACUGGGUCAAUGCAAUAGAUAUUCCAGAGGGCGAAGGAUUCUACAAUACGCAAGGUGAUUUAUCAGCAAGAAAUUUGGCAAAACUGAAAAAUAUUGUCUCAGAACCAUUUCACGGUGACCGAUAUGGUAAAACUGAAUUACAGAUAUUGAAGGAAGGCGAUACUUUUCUGAACGGGACACAUUCUUCAACAUUGGAGAAAGUUUCGAAUUUCUACAAACUUUGUAUGAACCAAAGAGAAAGCAAAGGGGUGGACGAAGUAGUACAGUUUAUUUUGGACAUGUUCUCCUGGAACGUAACGUCAUCGCACGGUGUCACGUGGUCUGAGGCAUCAUGGGAUUUCCAAACCGCUUUGACAGUUAAUCAGGCGUAUGGAUUUUCAGCUUUCUUUGAAAUUGACUUUAGUUUGAGAAGAAACAGUUUCCAGUUCAAACCAAAACACAGUGGUUAUUCGCCGCGAUCGGGGACACGAAAGCGAUUCCUGGACUUCGGAGCCAAAGUUGGGGAACUAUUGGGCGGUGACAGAGUGUCUGUAAUAAAUGAAAUGACUAAGAUAUACGAUCUACAAAUCCAAUUGUCAAACCUUUCUGGCGUUAGCUACAACACGACGGAAAUGAACAUCUCUUCAUUUCAGAAGAUAUUGGGCUGUAAGAUAAAUGUCACCAAUCUUCUGAAGGAACGAUUUGGCAAGUCCAGCUUCAGCGAGUUUAAAGUAGUGGUGGAUAAUCCAGAUUACUUUGAGGGACUUUAUUCUCUUAUAUCAAACACCCCUAAAAGCACACUUGCCAACUACAUUGUGUGGGAUGCAUUAGUGGAACACAUAGAAUACUUUCCACAACAAUUUCUGCAGGCCUAUAACACGAUUUAUCUACAGGAAUAUCAAAAAGAAAACUUGAAAAAUAAGUCAAGAGAAGACCAGUGUUUAGGUUUUCUGCAAGAUAACAGGCUGCUGUUUGUUGCUCUCAGUGCAAUGUUUAUAGAAAAGUCAUCUUUCAUCAAUAAAGGCAAAGAUAAGAUCAACACAAUAGUAAAAGAGGUACAGAGUGCUUUUGAGCGCGAGUUAAUGAUCUUACCGUGGCUGGAUGACAACACGAGGCAAUGGGCUGUAAAGAAGGCCUCCGAUAUUGAAGACAAUAUUGGUUAUGUAGAUUGGGUCCGUGACGCCAAGAAGGUGGACAAGUUUUACGGAGAUCUAGACAUCAGUCCCGGGAAAUUUCUUCAAAGCUCUUUGAAGAUAAAAAGGUCACUGGAAAGACAGAUGUUCAGCUUAAGUUAUACGGAGUGGAACGUGCGAGAACUAAGCAUGGUGUCCUUGUUUCCGAAUGCAUUUUAUUCUGAGGCGAGCAAUCAGUUUUCCAUUACUGCUGGUCUUUUACAGAAACCUGCGUUUACAACUGAAUUUCCAAUGUCGUUUAACUUUGGAUCCAUAGGAUCUGUCACCGGGCAUGAGAUCACACAUGGCUUUGAUAAUGAGGGAAUGUUUACUGAUGUAAAUGACACUUGGUCAAUGAGUUGGAAAAAUCAAACAUCAUUUGAAUUCUUCAAUGCACAGAGGAACUGCCUUCUUGAACAAUACUCAAAUUACACAAUCGGAAAUGCGACGUUUGCCAGCCGCAGAUAUCGAAGACAGAUUAUAUCAGAUAAUGGAGGGAUACAGGCUGCUUGGAACGGUUUCAAAAACUGGCAGAAAUCCCAAGACUGUAGAACACCGGAAGAAUUACCCGGACUUCCCUUUUCUCAGGAUCAGAUGUUCUUUGUCGGGUUCGGACAGCUGUACUGUGAGUAUAUGUCACCAGAAUACAUUAAGUGGACAACCCGCAGGGGACAAUUCAGACGAUUGGCUGGUGUAUUCAGGUCGACAGGCGUGGUAUCAAACUCAGACGACUUUGCGGAGGCUUUUCAUUGCCCCCGAAAUUCACCGAUGAACCCGGAGGCGAAAUGCCGGAUCUGGUGACGGGAACUCCUGGUUGUAAUGUACAUACAUGAAACAUUUUACGGGAUAUCAUCAAUGUAAAUAAAACAUCAGCUG